AUGUCACCUCUCGAACAACUCGAUAUCAAGGUUCUCCCGCUGAAUACACCGCUGCUAUUGAUGACUACCGAAGGCGUCCUGCUUAAAGACGGUCCUGUGUUUCCACUGAUGGAGCUUCAGCAAGCACAAGGGGGAGUGGUGGAGAUUCGCAGGGCCGGCGGCCCCAACGUUUUGACAACUACCCGUUUCAGCGACGAGUAUGCCUCUGCUACGUUCGCGCCGUUCACAACUCCAAAUGGAUUGCUGAACUACAACAAGAACGACGGUCUGGUUACUAUCCACAGCGCCGACGACAAGACCAAGUGGUUGGUUCUGAAUGCGUAUCGACACUGCGUAUUCGGCAGCGCGGACGAUGCGCUCAAGUUCAAGAUGAAGCUGUCUCCAAAAGGUCGACUGCUGCUGGUGGAGCAUUCGCAGUCGUGGCUGCUGUUCACUCCGCAUACUCUCGCUUCAAGUCUUACACCAUCGGCAUUGCAGAAGCCGAAACAUUCGCCUGAUGCGCGCCGUCAGAUGAUCAUGGAGCUGGCGCUGGCUAGAGAUUCAAGCAGCGAGUUUGGUGCGGCGUUGAAGCUACUGUAUGGAUCUACUCUUCCAGCCAACACUGCUAAUGCGACGGACGCGAUGCGGGUCGAGCGUUUACAGCAAAUACUGGAGCUUUUGUGUGGAAAUGUGCCGACGCAGACGAAUGGCGACUUUCUGAGGAUGAUGUACGGGACGUCUGCUCCACUAUAA